AUGCGCCGCCGACAGGAAGCGCGAGACGCUGGAGGAUGUGUGGCGUGCCUUCAACGACUGGAUCGAGUCGCGCUUCAACCAGGGCAAGGUGCGGUGGAUUUCCUCGGCGUUCACAUCGCUACAUUCGCGACCAUCACGUGGGAGACCUUCACGAACUCGCGCAACCAGCCCAAGCCGCGCCCCAUUUUCUUCCUCGACGGCCACCGCUGCCCAGCGCCAACUUGGCGUCUCUGGAAGACAGACACCAACUUCACCAAUAUCGCCGUUAAGUUCAGUCGCAACCUCACAAAGGACCUGGUCUUCUGCUAUAACGAGGCGUUCCCACCUCCCGACAAGAACGAAGGCGCGAGAAGAGCUGCUGCCUCCAACAUCGCGUUCCCGACCGACGACCUGGAAGCGCUGCCCACGAACCGCAGCGACCCCGAAAACAUCAUCGGCGGCGAUGUCAGCAUCGAAGAAGAGCUGCAGAUGUACGAUGCGCUGCUCUAUCCGGACUCAACCAUCAGCGAUCGCUCGGCCAAGCACCGCGUGAUGGAGUCGGCCUUCAAGCACCACAUCUCGAAGCUGGCCAACGACGUGGACCUCGAGGCCAAGUACGCGUUCGACCAGCAGCUGCAGCAACGGCGCGACUUGGACACGAUGGCGCUGGAGCACAAGACGCGCCGAGGACUUGCAGCGGCACCUGGGCGUGCAAAUAGCAGCUCAAGCACCAGCUCCACCAAGGAGCACGACCGCAUCAACACCAAGGAGAAGCUGCUGCAGGACGACCAGCACGACGGCGAGGAGCUGCGCAAGACGCUCACGGGCUCCUGGGACCGCGACAGCGGCAUGAAGACGCUCGUCGAGGUCCGCAAGAAGCAGAAGGCGGCCGAGCAGACCCACCGCGAGGGAGUGGCCGUCGCGCUCACCUCGCGCGACCACUUCCCCAUGCUGCUCAAGCUCGCGACGCCGAGACCCAUCGCCUCCAGACAGGAGGACGACUUCUCUGUGGGCUUUGACAUUUCGUCGAUCUGCGGAGGGUGA